AUUUAAACCACAUACAAGGAAUAAAGCGCAAAAACAAUCUGUUUAGGGCAAAGUAGACAAUGUUGCGUUCCACGAUUGGUUCGAAGACAGUGAGAGCUUGCUCUUCUUCGGCGUAGUUUUUUUUCCGGAUCCAAACAUGUUUAAUAGCAAGCCAAUGGUGAAGAAAAAACAAGGCAUGGUGGAGGCUGUUGAUGAUCCUGACCUGAGCUUUAGCAAGAUCAUGAAAGAUGUUCAGCUCUUUGCUAGCUCGCUGCAUAUGACAUGGAAGGAUAAGAAAGCAUUGGAGAAUCAGAAAGUCACUGGACUUGGUGGGAAGCCUCAAAGGAAACAGAGGCUACCCCUCAGUGUAGCGCGAGUACAGAUGAAGAAACAGAAAGAAAGAGAAGAAAAGACGUUUGAACAGAAUGUGAUUUUUGGACAAUUUGGUGGUACAAGUAGGAAGAAGCCCGCUGCUGAUAAGAAGCGUAAGCCAGAGGAAAGAGUCUUGAAAUCAACUUUUGGGAAUUUCAGGGGUGGUGUUCUUGAUGUUAAGGAUUUACUACGUUCUGGUGGUUCUUCAAGAACUAAUGACAGAGAUAACAAGAACAAGUCCAAAGGCAUGGGAGGAGAACUAGGAGGUGGAGGAAGAGACAUCAAGAAAAAUAGAAAGAAGAAAGCAAAGAAAGGAGGCGGUAAGAGGAAAAGCAAGUAACAUAUGUUAGCUGUGUAAACCAGUUUUUAAAAAACCGGUUAUAGAGAAGAAAACAUAUUGGCACAAUGAUCUUCAUCUGAUAAUAAUAGUUGUAGUUUGCACA